AUGGGGUUGCUGGAGAAGAUGAACAACACCUUAGCCUUCAAGGGGGAGGCAUAUGAUGCUGGCACCAAACUACGAGCUGGAGAGGCUGUGCCUUGCCAGCGGAAAGCCUCCCAGCCCCUGUCACCUCUGCCCCGGGCAGGGUCCCGGCUGGGAGGCGAGGCCGAGCACCGGCUUCCCCCGCCGGUCUGUCGGGAGGUGAAGCCGGGCGAGUUUCGGAAGAGAAGUGGCUGGGCUAAAAAACGGCGGGACACAGGCAGAGAAAAACCCCUUUCCUCGGCUCGUCCAGCCCUGGAGAAUGCCUCUCUCCAUGCCUGCAGCCUCUCGGAGCAGGAGGAAGAAGAAGAAGACACCAUCUGGGAGAAGAUUGAGAGCGCCCGGCACCAGCUGACCCGCUCCCUGAACCCUGCGAAGCUCACCCCGUACCUGCGCCAGUGCCGUGUGAUAGAUGAGCAGGAUGAGGAAGAGGUGCUGAAUUCAUGCCGGUUCCCUUGCAAAAGCAACCAGACAGGUUACCUGAUGGACAUCCUGCGGCGCCGGGGGAAGCGAGGCUACGAAGCCUUCCUGGAGUCUUUAGAGUUUUACUACCCAGAGCACUACACCCGGCUAACAGGGAAGGAGCCAGUCCAGCGCUGCUCCAUGAUCCUGGAUGAGGAAGGCCCUGAGGGACUCACUCAGUUCCUGAUGAUGGAGGUGAAGAAGGUGAGGGCUCAGCGGAAAGAACACCUACUGAAGGAGCACCAGCUCCAGGUGAAAAACCAGGCAUUGGAGCAAGAGCAGGCCCGGCUGGAGCAGCGGCUGCAGGAGCUCCUCAAGGUGCAGGAGCGUUGCCAGCGGCUGAGAGAGGAGUGGGACACCAACAGCGUGGAGCUGCUGAGGCUGAAGGACGAGAACUACAUGAUGGCCAUGCGCUAUGCACAGCUCUGCGAGGAGAAGAACAUGGCCGUGCUGAGGAGCCGAGACCUGCAGCUGGUGGUGGACCAGUUGAAAUGCAAAGUGACGGGCCUGGAGGAGGAGUGCAGCCUGCUGCGGAAGCAGGCGUCCGCGCCGCCCCAGCGAGAGGCAGAGGAGCGGGGCCCCCCCGACGCCAUGUCCGAGCUCUGGGCUGAGAACCAGCGGCUCACUGCAUCGCUGCAGGAGCUGCAGGCCAUGCUGCAGAAGCCUGGAGAGGGUCCAGUGCCGGGAUCUGAGCAGAUCCUGCUGGAUAUCCUGGAACAUGACUGGAAGGAAGCCCAAGAUGACCGUCAGGAUCUCUGCCAGAAGCUCAACUCCCUGCAGAAUGAGUUGCAGUGGGCUGAAGAGCUGAGGGAUAAGUACCUCCAGGAGGUGGAAGAUCUGCAGCUGAAAUACCGGACGCUGCAGAAGGACUGUGAUCUCUACAAGCAUCGUAUGAACACGGUGCUGCUGCAGCUGGAGGAGAUUGAAAAAGAGCGGGACCAGGCGAUCCAGAGCCGCGACGGGGUGCAGCUGCAGUACUCCCAGAGCCUGAUCGAGAAGGACCAGUACCGCAAGCGCGUGCGGGCCUUGGAGGAAGAGCGGGACGAGCUCCUGAGCAAGCUGAGCCAGGCAGAAGGGCUCAGCAGCACGCUGGAGGCACAGCUGCAGCGCUGCCGAGGCAGCAGCAGCCUGAGCAAGAUGUGCAGCUCUUCCUACUCUCUCUGCUCCAACCUCAGCAGCACUUGGAGCCUCGUAGACAACCCUACUACUGGACUUGUGGAUGCGCUGGGGGUUUCUGAUAUCCCAUUCCCAGGGGAUUUGGCCCUUCAGAGCAUGGAGGUGACUGCUGACAAUGAGAAGGAUAUCAACCGCCUGUCCACCUUCCCUUUCCCGCCUUGCAUCGGCUCCAUCCUCCGUCGGCAGCGGGAAGAGAGGUGCAUGCCCUACAAAAGCUUGUCCUGUGGCUCCUUUAGCAGCAUUGAAGAUGCAACAGGCAGUGGUUUUGGUAGCACCUUGCUUGGGGCCUUCUCCUCUCCUUCCAGCAGUACCUACACCAGGGUGAAGUCGGAGAUCUGCCUGUCCACACUUCCCAGCCGUGAGGAGGUCACCAGGAGGUCACUGGUGGUACAGCUCACUAGCAUGGGUCACCCCAGCAACCCCUCGCCCCAGGAGAAGAGGCUCGGAGCAGACAUCUCCAUCCUUGGAGGGAACAGGACAGGGAUUUACGUCCAGUGGGUCAAGCCAGGCUCGCGGGUCGAGGAUGCAGGGCUCAGGGAAGGGUGCCGGCUCAUUGAGCUGAGGGUGCCAUCUGUGAAGGAAGAGGUGCUUUCCCUGGAGAACUGCACGCGGGAGGUCGCCUACCUGAGCCUGCUGCACUGGGAUGAGCCUUCUAGUCUCGUCUUUCAGCUGGACCUGGAAGGAUACCAGGCUGUGCGGGACGCGGUGGAGGAAGGGAGGAAGUUUUGCGGAGACUCGUUCUACGUGCGCACCAACGUGUCGCUGCUGGAGCCGUCGGACCCGUACGCGCUGUGCGUGCAGCGCCGCGAGAUCCUGCACGUCACCGACACCAUGCACAAAGGGCGGCUGGAGUGGUACUGCUCACGCGUCGACCCCUUCACCAUGCGGGACCUGGACAAGGGGACGGUGCCCAACUACAGCAGGGCUCACCAGCUUUUGAAGAUCCAGGAGAAGGGCCAAAUGCCUGGGCAGCAGAAAGGCCACAGAAAUAACCUAAAGAAACGGGCCUUGGACCAACUGCGCCUGGUGAAACCCAGACCACAGAGGAGCCCAGAACAGCCCCCUCAGCAGCUGUGGCUGGACCCCUGCUCAGAGCCAGACACCAACCUGAAGCCUUACAGCCUGGUGCGUCCUGUGGUGGUCAAGGCGCCUCGUCCCGUGGUGCUGUCGCCCAACUGCAUUGUGCCGCGGCUCAUCAGGAACCUGCUGGACUUGCCCACCUCUCGCCUGGACUUCCACGUGUGCCCGGCAGAGAAGCUGGCAGGAGGGGAUCCCAGUGCAGCCCACACUCAGGAGAACCCUGUGUCUAGAACUGCCCCCCGGGACCAGAGGGAGAGCGGGAGAAUCCGCCUGAUCCGGGAGGUGAUGGAAAAGAAUAAACACUGCCUGCUAGAGCUGGGAGUUCAGAGUGUGAGGCAUCUAAUUAAAAGUGAAAUAUACCCCAUCGUUAUCCAUGUCGAGGUCACCGAGAAGAAUGUUAGAGGACUCAGGAGCCUGCUGGGGAAGGCGGGCCAGCGGGACUCGGAGGUGCUGAAGGCGUGCCGCGGUGCCGAGCGGGCUCUCCGUGCCCUGCCGUGCUCCUGGGCCCGUGUGGAGCCCCACGCCUGGACCCACGCCGAGGAGCUGCCCAAGGUGGUGCGGGGCUGCAUCUUCCAGGAGCAAACCCGCCCGCUGUGGAUCGAGGAAGGCGAGGGCUGAGUUGGGGGUAGCAGUGCGGGCGCUGCCAGCCACCGUUCUCGAGAGGUGUCCUCGGAGGUCCCUGCCUCUCCAAGCUCCUCCUUCCUCCCCGAGGGGAGCCCAGCAGCAAAGGCACCCAGGGUGAGCCUUUCUGGUCUCCUCGAGGCCGCCAAGAGCUCUGGGGGGUAACCCGUGCUGCCUCCUGCACUGGAGUUUUCUGUAUUUUAUCCACUGUCAUGGUGGAAACCACCCUCGUGGGCUGUUCACCAUCACCUUGGGCUGCCCUUGUCUCUGGGACGUGGCCAGAUUUGCCAGCUGGGGAACGUAGCGGGGAAUCAGGCUGUGUUAGGAGUGCCUCUCACACACGUUUGAAGCCUUUCCUCCCAUCACCUCCCUCUCCCCUGCUCUGGGGUCCCCUCGUCCCCUGUCUACCUCACCUCCGGCCCCGCGGCGUGGGGAGCGAGGGCUCCUGUGCCAACAACCCCGCGGCAGCUGGAGUGACACUAAGCUUGCAACAAACCCUCGUUUUAUAGGAGCUGUACUCUUUAUGGCUUGUAAAUUAUUAAUGGAGCCUUUUAUGGGCAAACCGCAUAUAAAGGAGAAUUAAAUGCCAUUCAUAAUGGGAAUGGGCGGCGGGCUGUGGGCUUGCGCGUUACUGGGAAGCUUUGGGUGAUGCACAGAGAGGUGUUUUUCUCCUCUUUUAGCUGAGACCCGACUGCCCAGCCCUCCAGGGGAAGGAGGGAGCACUGCUGCUGCAAGAGGUGUGGGGAGAGGAUAGGCUGAGCAUGCCACAGACCGAGCCUCUUCCCAUUUCUACUUGCCCCCUGCUUUUCAAUCCCUUGUUUCCUCUCAGCACUGAUGUUGGCCAGGGAAAAGCUCACUUGAUGUGUCUGGCUGAGGUCCUCAGAGCUUCACAUUCUCCGUAGUCUGGUUCUCCUGAGGUGAGAAGACAGCUACCUCACCUUCUCAGGAGACAGCAGCGAUGCUAACCCCAGCCAAGCUGCCAGGAGGGUGGGGAAAGUGCCCCUGCAGUGUGGGGCUGGGUGCUGGUUCAGACCCUGGCAUGAGGAAGGUGGAGGGUCUGGGUAGAAGCAGCCAUGUUCACCCACCUUAGCACAGUCCUGACUCCUAAUCAGUCGCUGACAAGUGCCAUGGAGAGGUGGUGGUUGUGGUGGGAGGUAGUCUUUCCUGGGGCAGGCAAGAACAAAAUAGAGUCUGUGGCUCCAGGAGGCUGUGUGGGGCAUGAGGCGAGGCAGAGGGCUGAGCCCACUCAUCCUGGGAGAGAAGGCGAGCAACCAGCACCAGAGUCCAGUCCUCUCUCUGUGUCCUCCUUGCCCCUGCUAGGGCCCACGCACUUUCAAAGCUCUGAGCAAAGAUUAACUUGCUGAUCUUCACGGGUCCCCUGUGAGGUGUUAUUUCAGUCUCUAAACCAGUUGCCUCUGUCUUUUAUGAGGACGACAGUGAAUGGGGGAGGAAAGCAAACGAAAAGAUUUUUAACCUGCAGUCACUAAAAUGUAGAGCAAAGUCCCAGCUCUGCCCUGGAGCGAUGCAGCUCUCCUCCCAGGGAAGGGGGAACCGGUGUACCACAUGGCUCCAAGAUGAAAGCUCCCAAAUGGCAUCCCCUCCAGGGGAUUCAGCCCGAGCAUCCCCCGCCACAGCCAGUCCCCUGGGAGGGUGCUUACCCUGCAGGCAAACAAAGUGGGACUCUUGUUGAGCUGAUGAGAAGACAAGUCCCAAAGCAAGCUCCCAUCCCCCCUGGCAUGAGCAUGGAUUUGAAGAUUAGAGUUUGCAUCUUUGCAGGGGAAAAAAAAAAAAGUAGUGCACGAGUACCCAGGGAAAACACUCGGUGUUGAGGCACUCUGGUUCAGGGCUUGACAGCUCCCCCUGCCCCUCCUGCACUGGGAACCAGCUCCAGACCUAGGGCUGAGGAUGAGGGUGGGUAAAAGCAAGCCCUUCCCCAUUUUGGGUAGUCCAGCUCCACUCCCAGCUUGGUACUUCCCUCUCCU